AUGGAUGAGGAUGAAGGGGCCCGUGGCGAGGAGCAAGGGCCUCAGCCCAGCAGUAACAGCAAUCUCUUCACGUCGCUUGCUGCACAAGAGGCUUUGGCGAUGCUAUCGAGUGCAACAAAAUCGACAGACCCUGCACCGAGGGUUUUCGCGAGGGUCAGCUCUCAGUUGAAAGAAGGGACUGGAGCUGGCGGCAGUAUGCAGCGACAACAGAACCCGGAGGACCGAGAGGCCAUGCUCGCGGCAAAGGAGCGCGGCAACGAGCUGUUCAGAGCGCAAAAGGAGGGUAUGCGGGAAGUGCAAGCUGUCCUCCAAGCGGACGAAGGAACGGAAAGCGGAGACGGCGAAGCCCCUGCCACUGCCGCUGCCGGCCGCGGCGAAGCUGCCGCCGGCUCCACUCCCCCCAGCGGCUCCAAGCGGCAGCGGCCUCUGGGGGCCGGCGGCGGCGCCGGCGGCACGGCGGCACUUCGCAGCGAGGUGGACGACUGGGACUGUUCGCUGUGCGCGGGGUUGCUGUACGAGCCGGUAACGACGCCGUGCGGUCACACGUUCUGCCGGGAGUGUUUUGCACGCGCCAUCGACCAUCGGCCGCGCUGCCCGUACUGUCGUACGGUCCUGCACGUAUCGCGCGACUCGCUACCCAUCACCAUCACCCUGGCCAACAUCAUCCGUCGGUUGUUUCCCAAGGAGUACGAGGAAAGGCGCAUGGAGACGACAGCAGGCGGUGGCGCCGGAGACGGAGACGAAGGAGGGGCUCGUCGUGACGCGGGCGAGAUCGAGGAUGUUGCGGUGGAGGCGGAGAUCAUUGAGUGCCAGCCGCAACCCGAUGGAGGUGUGAGCACACCUGGGGUGCAGUGGCCUGUACAGGCAACACAGCCCCCCCGCCACAGCGAACUGGACGGAUAUCGCGUUGCAAGGUGUGAGGUGUUGCAGGACACGGAGCCACGACCAGGGACUCCCGAGUACGAGGCGCUUCCGGAGCUUGUGGCGCAGCUGGACCGGCAAGUGGAGCGGCUUCUAGGGUUCCUGCGCUCGCACUCGGGCCCGGCGUACGGCCAUCAGGGGCUCCGUAUCCGUGCCGCACUAGACGGAUUGGGAGAGCGACCUCCCCUGGAGCAGCCGGAGCGAUACAGCUUCUGGGUGGUCAACGUGGCGGGUUUGGUGGUUCCGGAGCUGCGCAAGGCAGAGAUGCUGCGCGGUACGGAUACGGCCGUACGGCUACGGCAGUUGAAUCAGCAAUUGGGGGGUUGGAUGGGGAGUUUCCUGGCAGGUGGCGCGCCGGGUUGCCUGGUUAUGUGAGGGCAGUGCGUGUGUGUGUGUGUGUGUUUUGGGGGAAGGGGAAUUAUUAACAUUUUGAACUGUUCGGUCGUACAUGUAUGGGUUCGUACAUGCAUGAGGGUUUUGUUUAAGGUGAAGUUGGGAGGAUUUCGUUGAGAGGAAACCGAACUGGGGGGUCCCCCGGGGGGGUUUUGUGUAGGGUGGUGGCGCGGUUGGGCAUUAGGUGGUGAUAGGCAUCAAGGGCUUUACCCCUGUCCACUACAUAAUGCGACAAGAAGCAACACGGCCGCGCUUGAGGCGCGAAGAAUGAAUUUUCAUCGGCGUUGUUUUGGCGGAAUUCAAUACAUCCCAGAAACGUGUAUUUUACAUGUAUGCUGGCUAAAAGCGCUGAGAGCGGGGCGCUGUGCCUUGUGAAUAAUAAUCAUUGGAGAAUCGUGUGCGACCGUACGGGUGUUCGUACACUUGUACGGCGUACCCGGCGCGUAUGUUGUGUACUGCCUUGAUGAGAAAGGAGGUUUGAAUGUGCGUGGGAAGGUGAACGUUUUGCUGGCUGCCGCAUACUCCCUUUUUCAACAAUAAUAAGAAGCAAGAGACGAUGUCCCUGGUUUCAAGUUGCAUACGGCAGGUUUCGGGCCUUAACUAACUUUGCAACCGUCAUUAUAAC